AUGUCCGCUGGACUCACCCCCAUAUCAACUUCAGAAGCAUGCCCAGCAAUGGUUGCUGGACCCUUCAUCUUUCUUUCCGGUCAGAUACCCAUCGAUACAAAUGGAGUGCCUCUAGAAGGAAGCAUUUCGGAUAAGACCCACGCAUGUUGUAGAAGCGUUCAGGCAGUGUUGGCAGAGGCAGGAAGUGAUAUCAGUCGAGUCGUCAAAGUCACUGUAUUCCUGAACGAUAUGGAUCAUUUUUCGGAAUUUAACGCGGUUUAUGAGCAAUAUUUCAAGCAUCGGCCGGCUAGGAGUUGUGUCGCUGUGAAAACGCUACCCCGCAACUUGGAGGUCGAGAUUGAAUGCGUGGCUCUUGCAGCUGGUCAGGGCUCUCGCCUCUGA